CCGUAUUUCUCUUCCAAAACAUCUUGAGUCCUCGCCAAUCGAACCCUAAAACAAUAUGAAAGCUGACCAGUGCACUUGCCGCUUACACUGUAUGUCAUCAUAGCAAAAACGCGUAGAAAUGUAAAGAUAGGCGAUUGAUCACGCCGUUUCUGAAUUCCAUUUUCCCAACGCGGGGUUUCCGAGACUCUUUCGUCUACUCCUCUGAUUCUAUAACCCCUUUCAUAAUCUUCUUCGCCCUCAAUUUCCAUACCCAGGUAUCUGGAGUUCCAUUUACAAUCUUCUACAAUAUAUGCAUACAAAACUAUACAUGUUCCAAAUUGAUAUAAUUAUCAGGUAAAAACAACAACAAAACAUUUCCUAUCCUAGGUAUCAGUAUCUGUCAACAUCAUCACCAUAUUUAUUUCAAAUCAUCGCCGGUUUUUUCUCAAAUUUAAGGAGUUAGGAACAGUGUGGACCAUGAUGCGAUCGUGUUUCAACCAAUUGGAGAGGUGUUUUGGCCGGCGGAACGGCGAUGGACUUUUGUGGCACCUGGACUUGAAGCCUCACGCCUCCGGAGACUUUUCAAUCGCCGUUGUUCAGGCUAAUAUGUCCCUCGAGGACCAGAGCCAAGUUCUCACUUCGCCAUCAGCUACUUACGUCGGCGUCUACGACGGCCACGGCGGCCCUGAAGCCUCCCGAUUCGUCAACCGCCAUCUCUUUACUUAUAUGCAACAAUUUGCCAGAGAGCAAGGGGGAUUAUCAACGGAUGUCAUUAGAAAGGCUUUUCAUGCGACAGAAGAGGAUUUCAUAGGAUUAGUUAAGACAUCUCUGCCAGUAAUGCCACAGAUUGCUUCAGUUGGAUCUUGCUGCCUUGUGGGUGCGAUUUCUGAUGGUCAAUUGUAUGUGGCUAAUUUAGGGGAUUCAAGAGCAGUCCUGGGAAGGAGAGGUGUGGAUGGGGAGAGGAAAUCUGUUGUAGCGGAACGGUUGUCUACAGACCAUAACGUAUCUUCUGAGAAGGUGCGGAAGGAGGUUGAAGAACUCCAUCCUGGUGAUUCACCUAUUGUGUUCUACUGUCAUGGGGUUUGGAGAAUCAAAGGCAUAAUUCAGUCCACUGUCACAUGCAGCUGAAGUUAAAGUUAGCCAGUCUUUCUUGCAUGGGACAGAGAUAGAGAUAUCUUAAAGAUUAGUUUUGUGAUUUCAAGGAAGGCUUAGCAUCUCCUACAUCUUUGCCAGGUCAUAGAUCAAAUUCAUCCUGUGCCUAAUAUAAGCUACCUGUUUAUACAAUGCUAACCAAUUUAUUGGCUUUUUAACCUGAGGUAGCGUUCUAAGUUUCCCACCUAGCUCCAUCUCAGCCCUAGCGAGGCACAAGGUGGUGUAUCUAGAAAACAUGUUGAGUGCGGGCCAAAGUCUUUAGUGAAUACUGGAUGCUAUGGACUAUAACAAAUAAGUAAUAGUAAAUGUGUUAAUUUAGCGAAUGUCAUCUUAAAAUACUUCAUGUCAUACUCUCUAACUAAAUGAAAUGUUUUCCACGACUGUCAUUUUCUAUUGAGACUAAAAUGCUUUUAUAAUAAAAAGUUUCUUCCAAAGAUUCCUGCAAGCCUAUGCUCUCACUGGUUUUACGGCAUAUGCACCCCUGGCACCAAACUAUUGCCAGAGGGACUGCCUAGCGCCUUCUAGAAGACUACAACACAACUAAGCAAUGUGAGCAGGUCGCUUUUUCCUCUUGUUUUUUCUUGUGCAAAACUUUUUACUAAUAUUUAUACUUUUCACUUUAAAGGUGUCAAGAUCCAUUGGUGAUGCCUAUCUCAAGAAACCCGAGUUUAACAGACACCCAAUGUUCCAGCAAUUCAGGAAUCCAGUACACCUGAAGCAUCCUGUACUAUCAGCUGAACCUUCAAUCAUUACUAGAAAGAUCCGACCACAUGAUUUAUUUUUGAUAUUUGCUUCUGAUGGCCUCUGGGAACACUUGAGUGAUGAAGCCGUAGUGGAAAUGGUGCACAAAAACCCAAGACCUGGAAUAGCCAAGAAGUUGGUGGCAGCAGCUAUAGAGGAGGCUGCUAAGAAGAGGGAGAUGAAAUACAAAGACAUCCAGAAGAUUGAGAGGGGAAUUCGGCGUCAUUUCCAUGAUGAUAUUACAGUGGUAGUGAUAUAUCUGGAUAAUAACAACAAAAAAUCUUCCCAUAGUAAAGGGACUGUUGGCUAUGUUAGUGCUCCCAUGGAUAUCUUCUCAUCUAAUACAGACAAUGUCACAUAAAAGAGCAAAAGUCCUGGAGUUUCUUAAACAAGGAAGAAUGUAAUUAAGGAUUAGGGUAUACUUGGCCAUAUUUACAAGUUUGAGUAAGCUUUUUGGGUUGAAACUUGAAAGAGCCACCUUUUCAUGGAAAGAUGGCUUCAAGGUUGUAGAUAAGUAGAGUUCUUGAGAACGAAUCAGGGUUUCAUGUGUUAUUUUGGAUCUCAUAGUUUACACAUUAAUUUGUUCUUUUCCUCACAUAUGUUAUAUACGGAGUUCUUCAAAAGAAGUAAGAUUUCUGUGACUGUUUCGAUGAUAUACAGAGUACCUUUUAACUGGGUUGCUUCUAUGACUCAUUUUCUUUCUAUAUAUGACACAAAUAUAC